UUAAGAGUUCUCAGUUCUCUUCAGUUUGUACGAUAUCAGGCAGACGAUUCCCAAUUCCAAGAUCAGGAAAAAAAACUUUGCCUUUGUCGAAUGUUUCGAUAUUCAAGUGAAAUAGAUAUAACCAGACAGAAUUCUGUUUCGAACAGAUGAAGCAUGACGUUAGAUUAUGCUUUUAAGUACAAAGAUGUGAACAAUUCGUUUCCCUUCGAUUUAGACGCUGAGUGCACAGAAAUCCAUGAUUUGAAUGCGAGUAUGCAAUGUCUCUUCGCAACCACUGUAGAAGACUGCGUAGAGAUCAUAGAAUACCUUGAUUAUAACUACUAUAUAUUUUGUACCCUUACUGUAAACAGAAUCACUUUAGCGACUACUUCACUCAUAAUAUGGCUAGCAAUGCUGUUUAUUGCCUUGGGUGUCACAUCAAAUUAUUUUUUAUGUCCUGCUUUAUUUACCAUUUCGAACCAUUUGGGUUUAUCUCAGAAUGUGGCCGGUGUGACAUUGCUCGCCUUUGGUAAUGGUUCACCAGAUAUCUUUUCUUCUGCAGCUGGUCUACAGAAGGCUUCAGCGGAAUUGGCCAUCGCCAGUCUUGUUGGUGCAGGUAUGUUUGUAACUUCCGUUGUGGCCGGUUCCGUGUUCUUCACUCAGAAUUUCACCCUCAUGAUUCGUCCUUUUUUACGAGACAUCGGAUUUUACAUCAUAGCCAUCAGCUGGACAUUUGCUCUCUUCUCCACUGGGACAUCAUAUCUUUAUCAUGGCAUUGGAUUCGUUGCCCUCUAUUUUAUGUACAUCAUCGUCGUCUUGGGAAGUCGUUUCAUUUACUUAAACAGACAGAAACAAAAAGAGAAAGUAAAGGACCAGGAAAAGGAUAAUGAAAAAAAGGAACCAGAAGAUAAAAAGAAAGAGAACAAAGAAGAAAAUCCUGAAAAACCUUCUGCAAAUUCUGAUGGCAUAGUGGAUAAAAUAAUGUAUGACAAUGACCCAGAAGCUACUGCAGUUGUUCUUAAAGCUUUUUAUUUCGGUGGUUUCGAAUGGGUUGAUGGUGGACGGAGACUUUCCAAAGCGCACAUUCGACUAGACGAGAGACGGAGAUCUAGACAAAACAGCAUUUUUUCUAUUGAUGGCAAUCUUGCAAGUAAUGUCAAUGAGAAAAAUGGUAGUUGCCAGUCCAUUCAAACCAAAGGUAUGUCAUCUACAGAAAAAUUGACUCCUGCUCUUCUCGAUGACAGAGGAGAAUUCUAUGAAUUUUUGGUGAAAGUAUGCCCUGUAAACACUGAGAAAUGGCAAACUUUAAAAUGGUAUAAAAGGCUAAUUGUUAUCUGUAAAAGUCCUGCAAUCCUCAUUAUGCGGUUAACUGUGCCUGUACUUGACACGAGCGCAGAGGAUCUCAACUGGAAUCGUUUCUUAAUAUGUACGCAAUGCAUUACAGGCCCAGUUUUCAUCAGUCUCGUCAGUGAAUAUGCAUUUUAUAUGAUUGGAGACGUGUUUCCUGUGUUCAUUUUGCUGCUGGCUGCGAGUGUGUGUUGCUCUGCAAUGGUCUAUUUCACAUCUGAGCGUGACACUCCACCUACUUACCACUGGCUUUUUGCCUACCUGGGGUUUGCAGUAGCUGUCACGUGGAUUUAUUGUCUGGCGAAUGAAAUAGUGGCACUUUUGCAGGUUUUUGGAGUUAUUUUUAAUCUUAGUGAUGCUAUUCUGGGCCUGACUAUACUCGCUUGGGGAAAUUCUCUAUCAGACUUUUUAUCAAACAUAGCUGUAGCAAGAAAAGAAUUCCCUAGAAUGGCAAUAUCAGCAUGUUUCGGAGGUCCACUUUUAGCCCUGUUAUUAGGACUAGGAAUACCAUGCAUCAUAGAAAUCAUAAAGGGACAUGCUCCAGCUCCCUUUCCUCUCAUGUUUUCCAGUCAAUUCAUCUUCUUGUUUUGUGCUAUUACGAUUGGACUCUUGACAACAGCUUUUCUAAUGAUUGCUUGGAAAUUUCACACAAGACGAGCGUAUGGAAUAUUCCUGAUCAUUCUCUAUGUGGCAUUUGUGACGCUCUCUAUACUUGCAGAAUUAAAAAUUUUAGAUCUGCCAGUGUGAAUCUACACCUGAACAUGGAGAAUUUACACCUGAAAUAAUAUGUUAAAACUUCGCCAGGAAAGACAACAAAGAGCUGUCCCUUUAUAUGACUGAACUUAUUGGCCAAGAACACAAUUUGGAAAGUCGGACACUGCAUUACGAAAGGACGUUUUAUAUAUAUAUAUUUGUCACAAACUGAAUUCGUUUUAGUUAUCUUUAGUGAUGAA